UUCUACAGUCACAAUUUAGCAUUUAGGGACUUUAGCGUGAUAUCUUGUGCUUGUGGUUUCGCAAAGUAAUCUAUCUCAACCACAAACAAGGCCUCGCCUCGCCCUUUUAGCCUUCGUCAUAAUUCAGAAAUCAGAACAUUUCGACAUUUAUAUAAUAAUGUUAUAUGUCCGGCACCGGAUAUGAAGGCAUUUCAUUUAUCGAGCUUCAAGUUCAAGUCAAAUAUUUUAUUUGUGAAAAAUGAAAAAUUUGUUGAAAACUUGUUAAUUUCAAAUUGUUUGUUGAUGUCUUCAAAAUCACAAUCCCCUGAUAAACGCAAAAUAUUUCAAUGAAGUAUCGAAAUAUCUAAAUAUUUGACCAAUAAGAAAUUUGAAUCCUACUUGUGAAAAGAAUGGGAAUGCAAUGCAUUCUCAUUUCAGUCAUUUCUCAUUCUGCAUUCUUGGUGGGGGAGUUAUGACAAAAAUGGCUACGGAAGGUUUUCAUUGAAACUGCAUUUCAUUAAAUAAUUGAUAAAAUGCAGCAUUGAUCGACAACUGAUAAGGACCUAAUGAUAUAUACAAAUGAGUGAAAUGAGCUUGGGAGCCAUGCAGGGUGCUCCAGGGGAACGGCGACUCAAGCAACUUGAGUCACUGUUUCUUGGGGGUCCUAUGGCAGCAAAGGAUCAGAGUUUCAGUAUUGAAGCUCUCAUUGAUAUACUGCUUGUGCUCUAUGAUGAAUGCUGUAAUUCAAGUUUACGAAAAGAGAAAACUGUAUCAGAUUUUAUUGAAAAUGUGAAACCUGUGGCCACCACAGUGAAAACCUUGAGAUUGACUAGAGAGGAUUUUGAAAUCAUUAAAGUUAUUGGACGUGGUGCUUUUGGAGAAGUCUGUGUUGUUAAAUUCAAAGGUACUGACAAAGUAUUUGCCAUGAAAAUCCUCAAUAAAUGGGAAAUGUUGAAGAGAGCUGAAACUGCUUGUUUCAAAGAAGAGAGGGAUGUUUUAGUGUAUGGUGACAGAAGAUGGAUAACCCAUCUUCAUUAUGCAUUUCAAGAUGAAUCCAAUUUAUAUCUAGUAAUGGACUAUUAUUGUGGGGGAGACCUCUUGACGUUAUUGAGUAAAUUCGAAGACCGUCUUCCUGAAGAAAUGGCAAGGUUUUACAUAGCUGAGAUGGUCCUAGCCAUUGAUUCCAUACAUAAUUUGAAAUAUGUACAUAGAGAUAUUAAACCAGACAAUGUUUUACUAGAUGCCAAUGGGCAUAUUAGGUUAGCUGACUUUGGUAGUUGCUUGAAAUUGAAUGAUGAUGGCAUGGUGCAAUCAAAUGUAGCUGUAGGAACACCAGAUUACAUUUCGCCAGAGAUUCUCAGGGCCAUGGAGGAUGGUCAAGGCAGAUAUGGUCCAGAAUGUGAUUGGUGGUCAUUAGGUGUAUGUAUGUAUGAAAUGAUCUAUGGCGAAACACCAUUUUAUGCAGAGAGUUUAGUGGAAACUUACGGAAAAAUAAUGAAUCACAAAAACUGCUUCGAUUUUCCAACAGACGUAGAAGUGACAGAUACAGCGAAAGACUUGAUAAAAAAGCUGAUUUGUAGUCAAGAGUUUCGAUUGGGGCAAAACGGAAUAGAAGAUUUCAAGAGCCAUCCCUGGUUUGAGAAUGUCGAUUGGGAUGGGAUUCGUGACAGUAAUGCGCCGUACAUACCAGAAGUUUCAAGUCCUACAGACACUUCAAAUUUUGAUGUUGACGAUGCCGAUAUUCGAUUAUCCGACGCAAUGCCUCCGACUGCCAAUAAUGCCUUUACGGGUUUACACUUACCAUUUGUUGGGUUUUCCUUCACUCAAGGAAGCUGUAUUUGUGAUUUAAGCAAUUUGAGUGCUUACGUAAAUUCUGACUUUACUGAAAAACAGAAUCAACGAAAUAAGGGUGAUAUAAUAGGAAUAACUCUACAGGAAAAGGAAAUGGAUAGAAAAAUGUCGCCUGAUGGUACGAGGAAAUUACAGGAUGAAAUCAACACCCUCACAAAAAGGAACUGUGAAUUAGAAUCUCAAUUGCGUAGUCUUGAGGCUGGCAAUUCUAAGGAAAUGCAUAUAGACUGUCUAGAUAGUGGUGACAAUGCUAAAUUAAAGGAAAUGGAGAGGAUCAUCCGAAUUCUCAAACAAGAGAAAGAUGAAGUACUGAAAGAAAAACAUGACUUGCUGGAAAAAUUUAAGUUCCAAGAUAUAGAAUUGAAAGAUGCUUUAUCUCAAAAAAAGUUGGCUAUGGCCGAAUAUACUGAAGUUUCUGAUAAACUGGCAGAACUAAGGCAACAGAAACAAAAAUUUUCGAGACAAGUUAGAGAUAAGGAAGAAGAACUGGAGACCGUCAUGCAAAAAGUCGAUUCUCUAAGAAACGACAUAAGAAGAGCAGAAAAGUUGAGGAGAGAGCUUGAGUCUAGAGUGGAAGAGGCUCAGGCCGAGUCCAUCAAGGAGCGGAAGCUCAGAGAGAGAUCAGAGGAGUAUUGUAGACAAAUGCAAGCUGAAUCGGACAGGUUGAGGGUGCGUACAGAACACGCUCCCAGAGAUCAGCAAGAUUCCCUGAGACUCAAAGCUGAACUGGAAAAAUUAGAGGUCCAGUACAAUGAGAGUGUAUCUCAGCAGCAGGCUAGAUACAAUAUGGAACUAUCUUCUCUCAGAGAUCAGUUACAUGAAGCUGAAACACACAGAGAACUGCUAGAAAGAGAAGUCCAUUUUUCAAAAGACAAACUGGAAAAAUCUCGAACUGAUGCGGUGUCGGAUUCUGAACAAAUGACAACCGAAUUAAAUCGUAGGCAUGAUAGAGAAAAACAAAUCCUAAUUGAGGAAAACAAAAAACUGUCUUCAAACGUAGAAUUUUUAACUGAAUCGAUGAAUCGACUGCAAACGGAGCGUUCUAACCUAGAAACAGAAUACGAAGAGCUUCGCAACAAACAAGAAGCUUUAGGCCAAUGGGAAUCGCAAUUAUCUGAAAUAAUUCAGUGGGUCAAUGAUGAAAAAGAUGCGAGAGCUUAUUUGCAAGCUUUGACGACCAAAAUGUCGGAAGAGCUGGAAUACUUGAAAGGAUCAGGUGUUUCCAAUGUCGUUCCUGGUGCAGAUAAGAACUGGAGGAAUAGAAGAUCGCAAAAGCUCGACAAAAUGGAGCUGCUCAAUCUGCAGAGUUCCUUACAAAGCGAAAUACAGGCUAAACAGGCUAUCAGCGAGGACCUGAGUAAAACCAGGGAAGCGUUGCUCGCUGCUCAAAAAGACCUUAGGGAAUAUCGACAACGAAAUGAAGCCUUAUCCAUGGAUCUUAAGAGGAAGGAAAAACAGAUCAAAGAUUUCCAGAAUCGCCUUGACUCAGACGGAUUCUUGGAUAGGCCUUCUUCACAGCUAUCGUACCUCGACCAUUUCUUGAAAGAAACGAAUUCAUCUCAAGUGAAUACGUACGAUAAUAUUCCCGCUCAAAAUCUCCUUUACAAAGGCGGAUCAAUCGAAUCUGAGGAAGGAGAUAUAGAAGACAACAGAGCGCUGAGCAUGACAAGUUCAAAGAGCAAUCUAUCGGAGAUCAGCAUGCAUGAUUCUCAAUCGCCUAUGAAAUUCAAAGCGCAUCAGUUCCUGGUGCGGACCUUCUCCAGUCCGACCAAGUGCAGCCACUGCACCUCUCUGAUGGUCGGCCUGAUGCGGCAAGGCAUGGUCUGCGAGAUUUGCGGUUUCACCUGUCACACGUCCUGCUGCACUCACGUACCUGCGGUGUGUCCAGUGCCGCCAGACCAAACAAAAAGACCUCUAGGCAUAGAUCCAACUAGAGGGAUAGGCACAGCUUAUGAGGGAUACGUCAAAGUUCCCAAACAGGGAGGCGUUAAAAAAGGUUGGGUCAGACAAUUCGUUGUUGUUUGUGACUUCAAACUGUUUUUGUACGACAUAACAGCGGAUCGCAAUGCCUUACCAAGUGUUCACGUGGCUCAAGUAUUAGAUAUGCGAGAUCCCCAGUUCAGUGUGUCCAGUGUCAAAGAUUCGGACGUGAUUCACGCCAACAAAAAGGAUAUUCCUUGCAUUUUCAAGAUCACCACCUCGCUUAUGGAACCGCCCGGCCCCCGGCACUCCACCCUCAUGCUGGCCGACACCGAGGCGGAGAAGAGCAAGUGGGUGGUGGCGCUGGCCGAGUUGCAUCGCAUCAUGAAGCGCAACAAUCUGCCCGACACGACGGUGGUGGUGGCGCGCGAGCUGAUCGACGCUUCGUUGGCACUGCUGCGGAACGCGCUCAGCGCCGCCAUCAUCGAUCCGGACAGGAUCGUGCUGGGCACCGAAGAAGGGAUGUAUUGCCUGGAUUUGGAUAGGACGGAGGUGGCGAAGAUCGGCGAGGGCAAGAAGAUCUUCCAGCUGGAGUACAUCGGCGAGGAGCACCUGCUGGUGGCGGUGAGCGGCAAGCAGCGGCAGGUGCGGCUGGUGCCGAUCCGCGCCCUCGACGGCGACGACGUCGAGUGGAUCAAGGUCACGGAGAGCAAGGGUUGCUCGGUGCUGACGGUGGGGCCGGUGCUGAGGGCGCCGCUCACGUUCUGUCUGUGCGUGUCCAUCAAGAAACAGCAAAAUUCUUCUGGCAUAAUCAUUUACGAAAUAACCCGAACCAAAACGAGGCACCACCGAGUUCGUGAAAUAAGUUUGCCAGUGAACAUUCAAUCUUUACAAUUACUUUCUGAUGGACGUUUAUGCGUUGGCUCCCCAUCAUGUUUCACCAUCUACGAUAUACAGAGUGGCGAUCAGCAACUAAUAACUCUGCUACAUCCAGAAAAUCCACUUUACGCGACAAUAAUGUGUAGUGUCGUGGAAGCUUUGCGGGUCAUUGAACUUCCGCGGCACGAGUAUUUGUUAGUUUUUGGUACUUUAGCGGCUUACGUUGACAGACAUGGUAGAAGAUCUAGAGACAGGGAGAUUAUGUAUCCUGCAGUACCCACAGCAAUUGGUUAUAGAGACGGUCAUUUAAUAGUGUAUAGUGAAACGCAUAUCGACAUAUUCAAUUGUGCUACAGGAGAGUGGGUUCAGACGGUGAACAUCAAGAAAGCGAAACCGUUAAAUGAGAGCGGUAGCCUAUCUUUAUGUCUCUUGAACGAUCUGGCACAUCUCCUGUAUCUGUCAAACAUCCAUCAAAGAGAAGUCAUCAAUCUGGACAAUAUUGUUACAAUCGAUAGAGAUGGCAGAACAGUGCAAAAGACGAAAAGAAGAUUUUCAUUGAGGGAAGGAAACAGAACACAACGAAUCAAUACCGAUAGGCGAUCGAAACUUAUAUCGGCGCCGACCAAUUUCAACCAUAUCAGUCAUAUGGGACCAGGUGAUGGAAUCCAACGGCAGAGGUUGAUAGACUUGACUCCGACCCUGGCAGAUCAAUUACCAGAUCAUACUACGUUCGGGGGUAGCACUACUCCACAGCCCAGGGUACCCAUCAAGGUGGCGCCGCUACCGCCGAAGCACGGCGAACGCAAGCGGCCGGAGAUCUCGAACCCGACGCCCGUCGUCCGAGGAGCCGCCGCCUUUCCCGCGUUCAACGGCGCCAAGCGGGCGGCGCCGCCCCGGCCGCGGGAGCUGCCGCCUGCCCUGCCGCGGCCGCCCACCGCGGACGCGUCUCCCUCGCCCUCGCCUGAUCCGGCCAGCAUCGGCAGCAUGUCGUCGCUGCACGAGAUCAUCAAGAGCACGGAACCUCGAAGUAGUCCGCGCCAUUCUAUCGCCAGCAACAACAGUUCGAACUUGUCAACGCCGCCUUCUCCACAUGCAGAUCAUCACAACAGCUCCAGCUACGACAGCUAGGGGCAACAGGAUAAGAGGCACACAACAAGCCUGAGUUGCAGUUUUCUCUCUAAAGAGUAAGAAAUCACAUUCGUUGUUCAUAAUGUAAGGUGUUCGAAUGUUCGUUGAUUUAUCAUAUUAACAAGAGUUCUGGAAUUUGUCGAUAUAUUCAUUAUUUUCCAUAUUGGACACGUUAAGUACCUAGGACUGAUUAGUUACCUCAAGUUUGAAAGUAAUGAAGGGUUAUUCAACAGACGCGAUAUUAAAAUUAUAUAUACAUAAAUAUAGAUUUUAAAGUGGCACUGUACUUAUUUUUAUGUACAUUUAGUUUUUGUGUUUAUAUGUUUUUAUUUUUAUUCGAGUACCAAGUGUAAAAUAAUACCAGUCAAUUAAGUGUUGUAAAAUGAUUUUAAAAUUAUAUUAUUUCUGGAAUUUUCAGAUGAUACAGCAAUUUUCAUAUAUCGAAAUUGUUGAAUCAUCUAGAUUUUUAUAUAUUUUAUAUUUAUAUCUAUUUAUUUGUCUUGUUUUAACAUUUUCACCAAGAUUAAUAAUAGCAAAGUUUACAUUUUAUUAAUUUUAGGAAAGAAGUAUUUAAAUAUUCAUAUAUUUAUCAAUUUUAUUAUAUAUCCAUGUUUUAGUACAAUUUAUUUAAUUUCAAUAAAUUACAGUGAGACAAUAUAGUAUUUGUGAUGAGUGACUAAAAAAUUAACAAUUCAUAAUUAGAUUUUGUACUUCUUCAUUAUUCAUUAGGAAAUUCUAGUCACCUUUACAAAUACAAUAAAAAUUAACAUUUUUCAGUUUGUAAAGGUUCUCCACUAUGUUGAAAAAUGAGAACUCAAAAAACACCUCCCUUCUUGAUACAUUUUCAAUAUUAUGCGAAUAGAAACAUCGUGGAUUUUCUUAAUCAUAUAACUUACACAAUAAUUUUAAGGAAUUUGUUUAUGCACUUUUUAUUUUCAACCAGUUCAGAUCAUGUAGUGAUAUACAUAGCGGAAAACCUAAUUAAACAGACAGACAAACUUAGAUUGCAUCGUUUUCUCAUUUAUCUAUAAUGUAGUAUAAAUAGGGUGUUUGAUUGAGAUGGGCCACCAGCUAUAUCUUGUCCAUGAUACAAAAAACAAAGCUAUAAAAUGAGGUGAUAAGGUGAGAUCAUACAUAUAGUGGUAGUCAUUUAUAUCACAUGAAAGUUGUAAAAUAACUGUAGUAUGUCGACUGACCUCAAUCAAACACCUUGUACAAUAAUUUUGCUUUUUAAUUCAACAGUAAUAUCGAGGAAUAAUACCACACAUUGUGAAAACUGAAAAACAAAAUUACAUACAUUGGAGGAUGUUCUACUUCAUACAAACUUUUUUAUUUCUCAACCGG